AUGGCACAAAGUAAGGACGUCGUUCCAGAGGUACCAAAGGGUUGGAAGGCAAUAUUUGACGAUGACUAUAAAACAUGGUUUUUUGUUGACCUAAGUACACGCAAAUCGCAAUGGGAAGCUCCCAGGGGGACUAAAUGGCCCUCGCAGGCGUCCGAAAAGGCGUCGCCUCCCCCAUAUACUCCAGAUUCCAGAUCGGGAUCCGCACAACCAGCACAACCAGCACAACGGGCGUCGUCUCGACAACAACCGUAUUAUCCUCAGCAACAGCAGUACCCUCAACAGCCCAUGUAUCAGCAGCCCAUGUAUCAGCAGCCCAUGUAUCAGCAACCAAUGUAUCAGCAGCCCAUGCAGCAACGUCAAAAUCACGGCAUGAGAAAUGGUUUGUUGGGUGCUGGAGCCGGUAUGCUAGGUGGUUUCCUAUUAGCAGAUGCCCUCACACCAGACGUUGUGGUGAACGAUUACGGUGGUGAUUACGGUGGGGGCGAUUACGGUGGAGGAGACUUCGGUGGUGGAGACUUUGGCGGCGGUGAUUUCUGA